AUGUCCGUGGCUUCAGAUGAUGGGGAUCGUGACCCCCCUGCGCCAUUUCUUGUACAGCUGUUUUAUCGAAAUGGAGGCUUUUACAGGGCGGAUGAAUUUGCAGCCCGUUCACUUCCACCACACAUCUCAGUCUACACUUGGCCAAGCUGCACUUUAAACGAGCUCGCUCUGGAGCUGGCCGCUGCCAAACCAUCAGCCCUCCCAUAUCCAGCCAUCGGAACAAGACUGUCUUUCCAAUUAGUAUGUCCUGACUUACGCGGCAUCAGCUCAGUCAACAAUGCCCAUCCACGCUACGCUGUGAAAGAUCUCGGUAGCAUAGUCAUUGGACAAAACACUCCUGGAACCACCGACCCCGACUUGGCUGAAGUCGGGGGAGGUGCUUCCCGCGGUGCGUCAAACCCAGAUAAGACGCUUGGGGAAGCCCGAUUCGUGGUAGGGGACUACAUUUCGUGCGCCAUUUUACCCCCAAUGGGUGAUGGAUCUGUGGCACCGGCAUCCGCCGCUAGGAGGGACAUAACUGCAGGGCAUAGAGAAAGCAGGGGAGGCAGAAGCAGUGGUGGAGGACCAGGUUUUCACAGUCGAGAGAAUGGUUUCGGUCGGGGCAGCCGUGAGGGCAGGGGAGGGAGAAGGGGAGGCGGAGGGCCAGGAGCAAGCGUGCCAAUGGGAGAAUGGAGGAGAGGCGAGAGAUUGCCGGAAAUGCCUCCUUCGCGACCACGAGGCGGCGGUGGUGGACGAUGGUGA